AGAUGACUAGAAUGGGAUAGAGGUGAGAGUUAGUGAUGGUGUGUGCCGGUUGGAAAUGAGACAAUUUGUUAGGCUUCUAGCCUAUAAACCAUUAGUUGAGGUUGGUUGAAAGCUGUACGGACCAACCAGAAUCCUUGCAAGAGUGAGCACAAUUCCAGGCAUGGGGCACUCCAGUCCAGGUCAGAUGUUCUCCUGACGUCACACGAACGUGACGUCACCAGCACCUACGCAGACUCCCAGGGAGGGGCCUCGCAGCUCACCUCUGAACGCAGUCAGCUCUAUGGAGCAGCGAAUUGGCCGCUUCCCGUCGUACCCUGAGGGUUCGAAUAGUCUUAGCCGCAGGAUCGAAAGCGCCGAAGGAGCUCAGGAGCCGCUGCCAGCCUCCGCCCUUGGCCUUCACCCGCAUCUUCUCUGAGGCCCAGAGCGGUCCCGGCGGCUGCGCGCUCACGAGCUCGCCGCUUGAGGCGGUCACGCGCACGCACGCUUGUGCGCACGCUCGUCCCCUCAGAACCCGGAAGUGCGAGGGAGAGGAGAGCCACGUGGGUCGAGCUGGAGCGCAGCUCGCAUGGGGGAGUCUAUCCCGCUGGCAGCCCCGGUCCCGGUGGAACAGGCGGUGCUGGAGACGUUCUUUUCUCACCUGGGUAUCUUCUCAUACGACAAGGCCAAGGACAAUGUGGAGAAGGAACGCGAGGCCAACAAGAGCGCUGGGGGCAGCUGGCUGUCGCUGCUGGCGGCCUUGGCGCACCUGGCCGCGGCCGAGAAGGUCUAUCACAGCCUCACCUAUCUGGGGCAGAAACUAGGUACCUCCGCCCCGCCCCCCAGGAAGGAUUCCAUCCGCACCAUCUAUACUUCCCUGCAUAAUGAGCUGAAGAAGGUGGUAACUGGCCGCGGCGCCCUGGGUGGGACUGUACCUCACGUGGAAGAACUCCUUUCCCACCUCUGCGAGCAGCUCUGCUUCUUUGUUCAGGCUCGGAUGGAGAUUGCAGACUUCUAUGAGAAGAUGUAUACCCUCAGCACUCAGAAGUUCAUCAAUGCUGAAGAGCUCGUUGGCCUUUUGGAUGCCAUCCUCAAGAAAUACAGCUCCAAGUUUCACCACCCAAUCCUCAGUCCUUUGGAAAGCAGUUUCCAGCUGGAAGUCGAUGUCCUGAGUCACCUGCUGAGGGCCCAGGCCCAGGUCUCGGAGUGGAAGUUCCUUCCGUCCCUGGUUAACUUACACAGUGCUCACACAAAGCUGCAGACUUGGGGCCAGAUCUUUGAAAAGCAGCGGGAGACCAAGAAACAUCUGUUUGGAGGGCAAUCUCAGAAGGCUGUUCAGCCCCCACACCUUUUCCUUUGGCUGAUGAAACUCAAAAACAUGCUCCUUGCCAAGUUUAGCUUUUACUUUCAUGAAGCACUGAGCCGACAGACAACUGCUUCAGAAAUGAAAACGUUGACUGCAAAAGCUAACCCGGAUCUUUUUGGGAAGAUUUCCAGCUUCAUCAGGAAAUACGAUGCUGCCAAUGUGUCCUUAAUAUUUGACAACCGAGGUUCCGAGAGCUUUCAGGGUCAUGGCUAUCACCAUCCUCAUUCAUACAGAGAGGCCCCUAAGGGCGUGGACCAGUAUCCAGCUGUGGUGUCUCUGCCCAGUGACAGGCCAGUUAUGCACUGGCCCAAUGUCAUCAUGAUUAUGACGGACCGAACAUCUGACCUGAACAGCUUGGAGAAAGUGGUCCACUUCUAUGAUGACAAAGUUCAGAGCACCUACUUCCUAACCCGCCCAGAACCUCACUUUACCAUUGUGGUCAUUUUUGAGUCAAAGAAGUCAGAGAGAGACUCCCACUUUAUUUCCUUCCUCAAUGAGCUCUCACUGGCCCUUAAAAACCCCAAAGUUUUUGCAAGUCUGAAACCUGGUUCCAAAGGUUAGCAGGGAAUUUGUAUGAAAGAUUUUCAAGACUGCAAAUUGUGUUUUAAUUGCU